UGAUGUAGCAUUUUUGCCUAAAAUACAUAAGAAAAAGUUUUGCUUUAAUGUUUUUGCUGUAGCUUUAAAAAUAAAGCUAAAGCAUGAUUGGUAAAACUAAAUAAAAGCUUGAUGUAGACUUUAAUUUUUAAAAGUAAAGCUACAACAUGAUUGGUAAAAUUUAGUGAUUUAAAAAUAAAAACCUAAAGUAAGGAGAUAAAGCCCAACCAAUCAUCCCCAAUAUGUAGCUCAAGAGGAUAUCCCGGUGAUUCUGAGUUUGGCCAUAAGCCCUACCCAUCGACGAGAUACAUUUUGCUGGAGUUACACAAAGAACGGAUAAUAUACAAUUAAGUCAGGAUAUUGGGUUGCUACAAACUUGAUGAGAGAUGAGGAAGAUAUAGAAGUUCUACAAACCAUGAUUACAAAACUUCAAGCCUUUGCUUGGAAGGUGAAUGCACCACAAAAGAUCUGUUAUUUUAUAUAGCAACUAUUAUCAGGACAGGUAGCAGUAACAAGGAAUCUGGUACGCUGUAAUAUGCGUUGUGAUAAUUAUUGCCUGAGAUGUGGAGCGCCAGAAGAGACUGUUACUCAUGCUAUCUUUGAGUGUCCACCGACCUUACAAGCAUGAGAACUAUCAUCAACACCGUCGAGCUCUCAAAUCUUCCCUGUACCAAGUAUUUAUGCUAAUAUGGACUAUUUUUUUGGAGAAAGAAUAUUAUGAAGGAGCCAGAAGAGGAUAGAGAUCUUUAUCCUUGGAUAAUUUGGUACAUCUGGAAAGCUAGGAACGAUAAGUUAGACAGGGAUCCAUGGAACUAGUCAGGUAUGCAGAGAGUGAGUGUCAAGCUUGGUACAAUGCAAGAGACACUGUACCGGCUCCACCACAUGUACAAACUGCUGAAGAAACGCAUGCCUUAAGCUUGAGUAAUAUUUGUAUAGUGGAUGGUUCAUGGACCUUCACAGCUCAGUUUAGUGGAAUAGGAUGGGUUUGGAAGGAUGCCAUGGGGAAGAUCCAACUCAUGGGGUCAAGGAACUUGAGAAAGAGGGAGACAGCUUUACACUCGAAACUGGAAGCGCUACAAUGGGCAAUGAAGAGUAUGUUACAAUACUCGACCUGUCAGAGGUUUGGAACAGACUGCAAGGAUCUGAUUGCAAUGAUAGAACAACCACAAGCUUGGCCUAACUUCUCAACUGAGCUGGAAAUCAUUCAAACUAUUCGGUUGUGUUUUUCGGCUUGGCCUAACUUCUCAACUGAGCUGGAAAUCAUUCAAACUCUUCGGUUGUGUUUUUCGGACUUCAAGAUCAACUACUUUCCAAGGACACAGAAUGAGAUUGCAUAUUCGUUAGUUAGAAAUGCACGUUCUUUUCAUAGACCUUUAUGUUUUAUUGGUUGUUCUAUUUCAGUUUGGCUUUCCAGACCACCUCAAAUUUGAGUCAUAGAAUAAUCGUUUGCUGCAAAAAAAAAAAAAAAUACAGGUCACCUCAAGUUUGAUUAAUAAAAUAGCCGUUUGACGUCAAAAAUAAUAAUAAUAAUCAAACAAGUAUUAAAAGGGCGAUAUACUGAUCAGAAACGCUGUCCACGUCGGACAGUUUAAUCAACCAAUCACCUUAUAAUGUUUUGACACGUCAUCUGAGCUUUGCAUUUUUUUUUUAAAAACCAACGUGAUAUGGUUUGGGCUAUGAAGCUCGCGGUUUCAUAAAAAAUUGACGUGAUAUUAGCUGGGCCAUAAAGCCCACUAUUUCUAAAGACGGAGAACGAGAAGUGCCGACUCGAGAUCCUUCGUCAGUCCUUCAACCCUACUUCCCUUUAUCAAUUCGGUACCUUUUGAUCUUCCUCUUCUCCGUUCCGUUUCACGAUUCGAUCCUCGAACCAACAAUACAUCCUCCACUUCGUCUCUCUUUACUCUCAUUUAUGGAUUCGCUUUGCUCUUCUCAUCAAGAUUUUAUUUAUAAAGCUCUCGAUCGAAGUUUUAUUUCGAUCAAACUUCGUUCUAUAUUCUCAUUAGUACAUCGCUAUUGCAAUGAGUUCCAACGGAAAAUCUGCGUUCUCUGGUGAUUCCCGCUCGGAGAAACCAAAAGACGGUGAGGCUGGCGACUUUUCCGGUCCGAUCAAGCCUAUCGGCACACACGAUGUCUCUUCCGGCCUCUCAAUCGGCAAUCCCCACUCGAAGAAAGCCAAAGGCGAUGCUUUGGUAUCCUCUCCAAGUCUGACCAAACCCAGCGGCAAUAGAGGUGUCUCUUCCGGCGUCUCGAUCGGCUCACCUAAUUCGAAGAAUCCCAGUGGUAAGAACCGAAUCGUUUCGUUUGAUUUUUGCUAAAAGUGCUUCUAGCUAUUAUAUUAGAAAAUUAUUUUUUCUGAUGCCAUAUAGCCGACCAAAUCCUUUUGAUAACCCAAAAAAAAAAUUAUUCAGUUUGAGUUUGUGUUUUAGGACAGUGAGAUCAAACAAGUAAAUUUUUUUCUAAUAGUUUUUAUACGGUACAUACAAAAACAUAUACAAUUGUGUUAAUGGUAAGAACCGAAUCGUUUCGUUUGAUUUUUGCUAAAAGUGCUUCUAGCUAUUAUAUUAGAAAAUGAUUUUUUUCUGAUACCAUAUAGCCGACCAAAUCCUUUUGAUAACCCAAAAAAAAAAUUAUUCAGUUUGAGUUUGUGUUUUAGGACAGUGAGAUCAAACAAGUAAAUUUUUUUCUAAUAGUUUUUCUACGGUACAUACAAAAACAUAUACAAUUGUGUUACAGAGAUGAAACUAAUUAUAUGAUGAUGGCAACGCUCAUAUUUCUCUGUAGGUCCGAUCAUUCAGACCACGAAGACCAGUGUCUCUUCAGGCGUAAGAAGCAAAGCUGCUGUCUCCUCUGGCGUCAGGGGAAAAGCUAUUGUCUCCGCCAACGUUGGGAGAGUGAUGUCUUUCAAAGAUGUGAAAUUUGGAGCUCAUGAAGGCGAGUUGAGGUUUCGGUUGAUCCACUUUUGGGAAGCUCGCAAUGUUCGGACGAAGUUGCUUAUCGGUCUCGAAAUGCUUCUCAUCGACCAAGAGGUAUAAGCCGUUUAUUCAAAGCUUAUGAUAAUAUUUUUUUAAAAAAGAUUUACUGACUAACUUUUCUAAUUCAACUCAAUCUCUUUAAUGUUGUUAACAGGAAACUAUUAUUCAGGGCUUCAUCCCAGCUGGGAGGAUGGACACUUAUUUGCCACACAUGAGAGCUGGUGGCAUUUACAGGCUCCAUAAUUUUUUCGGGUCUAAUAACAAGACAUUGUAUCGGGUAUCCGAGCCAAGUGUCACCAUCACCUUCUCAUCGACCUCUGUCCUCUCUGAUCUAGAGGACAGUUCGGUUUGUUUCCCUGAGGACCGUUUCCGAUUCUAUGGAUAUGAGGAGUUCAAUGCUGCCUGCGACUUGAAAGGGGAUCUUUAUGGUAAGUUCUCACUGUUUGUAUAGUAUCAUGUUUAAUCUAAUCAUAUAUGAUGUGUUCUUACUCGAUGAAAUAUAUCCAGCAUUGUUAGGCUAUGAUAAUGUUUUGAUCCAGUCUUAGGUAUUUAUGUUUCAUGGCUGGGUUUAUAAAAUAUAAAGUAUUGAGUUUGAUUUUUUUCUUUUGCAGAUUAUGUUGGCCACAUCAAACUUGUGAAUGGGCAGGUCCUCAAUGACAGUCUCGUGGUAGAUGAAGCCGAGAUAGCUUCAACCCGACGAGUUCUGCUUCAUGUUCAAACACAUGAGUAAGCUACUCUAUAUCUCAUUUCAUGUUCAUAUAUCGACUCUCUUACCACAUGUAUAUUGGAUGUUAUAGUGGUCCGGUGAUGAAGAUGUACCUCUGGGACAAGGCUGCUUCAGACUUUGGUGAAAGAUUCAAGGCGUCUGGAGGAACUGCGAGUGUUAUCUUAGUCACCACCUUAAACCCGAAACGAUAUGGAGGUUUGUAUCAUCAGCUUUUUCUUAUCAUUUUAAGAAGUUGCAUAGGAUGGUCAAGGAAUCUUAUCUGGUUAGGUUAGUUUUGAGCAGUAGACCUGCGUUAAUUGAAUUUAGAGCUUAUCAGCUAUGAGACAUUUGAAAAGUAUGUGAAUAAUUGAUAGUUGAUUAACCCCAAUAGGUUCUGCAAUAACAAAUGUUAGAUAUAUAUAUGCAUAACUCCACGAUUCGUUUUACACUAUAGUUUCCUAUGUAUUAUAACAUUGCAACCGUUGUAGGUGCCCUAUGUCUCUCUUCUAUGGUGUCGUCAAGGAUAUUUAUGGACAGUGAUGUUCAAGCAACCCAAGAUUAUCUCAAUUGGUUGAACUCGAACUUGGAUGUUGCUAAGAGAGUUGAUGCAGACGUUGUCACUAAGACUGAGACAGUGACCAUAGGCGAGCUCUUUUCUUAUAUGAAGCAGGCAGAUGCUAAGGUUGCUUGGUUUGAGUGCAUAGCCACCAUUGGUGAUGUUGUACAUGGUUCGGGAUGGUAUUACAUAGGCUGUGGUGGGUGCCACACAAAGGCAACCAAAGGGCCUACCACCCUUAUGUGUAAAAAGUGUGGGAAGAGUGAUAUUGUUGGUGUUGCACAGUACCUAGCCAAGAUAUCUGUGUACGACAAUAAUGACCAGGCGGUUUUUGUGCUCCUUGGUGACUCUGGUCAUGAGCUGUCUGGGAAGAAGGCUUCUGAGUUGGUUGAGAGUUAUUUCGAGGCCAACGAGGAUGAAGGAUCUGAUCACUUGGUUCCGGUCCCUCAAGCUCUGAUUGAUACCAUAGGCCAGACUCGCAAGUUCAUUGUGAAAGUAUCAACCCACAAUUUGACUGGCAAGACCCAAACUUUGACUGUGACAAAGGUGCUCACUCCAGAAGACCCAGAUAUUGGAGUCAAUUUAGAAGAAUCCGAUGGUGAGAGGGUGAAAAGGGCUGCUGAAAAGAUUGAGGGAGAAGAGCCUAAGAGAGCCAAAUGUGGCUAAGGUGUGAUUAGUGGUGGUUUUAUGGUUACUAAAAUUCUAUGCUUCAUUUCUUUUCAUUUUCAGACCUUGGUUUUGCAACAUUGAACUUAUCUUUCUUAAAAUAACGAUGGUUACACUCAUUUUAAUGUUUUUUCUUCAAGUUUGAUGUUUGGUUAUUUUACUUUUGUUAUAUCUGAUGCUUUUUCCAUCUUUGAUUGAGCCUUUAACUUUUAGUUUGCUUGCUUGAUUUUUUUCUUUCGAUACUCCCUUAAACAGAACAUGUUAUAACUGAGCCUGCACUUAAUCAUUUCUCUGAAAAUGAAGAAACUAAGAUUGUUAGUAGGCACAGAGAAUGGCUGUGUUUUACCAAUCAAACUUUAAAAUGAUUAAGAAAAAAAAGAAAGUGAUGCAGUCAAUGUGUUUAUUUUGCAGUAGAUACAUGCACAUUAUUUUUAAGUAUUUUGUAGUAGCUAUGAGAGCAGCCGUUUUUAUAUAAAAGCUUUUUUUUUUUUAAUAUGAAAGCUUUUUUUUUUACGACUUAUAUGUAAGCUAUGUUAUAUUUGAAUAUAAAAGCUUUGUUAUAUUUUUGAACUUUAAACUAUGUUUUAUAUAAAGUUUUAUUAACUAUGUUUUAUAUAAAGUUAAAAAAUGUUUAAUUGAUUUUUUUGUCAACUGAUCUAGAAAAUAUAUAUUCACAAAAAAAAAGCUGAGAAUAAUACUUAAUAAAAAAUUAAUUAUUAAUACAAAUACAUAGUCAAAUGAACUAUAAUGAAUAUGUGAUGUUUGAAUGUUUCCACAUCAUUGAUGUUUGGAUGUUUGAAGGAUUGGGUUAUAUAUUACCUAUGCAUUCACAUAUAUUAAUUUUUUUUUUUUUAAAUAUUGUGAUCUAAAACAUUACUGUUUUUGGCUUUACGCAAACGGGUUACGAGCAUUCAAAUCUUAUAUGUUUUUGGUUAAGUAAUAAUAGUUCAAGAAUAAUAAAGAUACACGAUCCAGUCAAACAUAACAAACGAUACUGCGUUAGUGCCUCAUAUAACUCAUACUCAGGAACCCAUAAUGGACUUUUCGGCUUUACGCACCAUUAGCAUAAUGAACAAACUCCUUAUCCAGUGACAUACCUGAGAUUAACCGGUCAACCGGUCUGAAAUCUAUUUAUUCAUCAGGCAACCAGUUCUCUGAUUACAUUCCUUCCAACCAUUUCUGAACAAUGGUUUCUCCGA